AGUACCUGUUCAGGUGGACCAGGACGACUCGUUAGAAGAACCAUCAUGGCACUCCAAUGGGUGAAGCCGUGGAUCGCUCUGGUCUUCGGACUAUCUGCUGCACAUUCUGAGACUGUUAUGAUUCCAGACAUGACUUCCAUUGGGAGUCUAUAUGAUUCCAAACUGCAAAUCGUAUCAGCAGGAGUGAGUCCCACUCAUAACGGGCAGGUCUGCAGCACAUGGGGUAACUACCACUACAAAACCUACGAUGGAGACCUCUUCCAGCUGCCCUACACCUGUAACUACGUGCUGUCGUCAUUGUGUAAGAGCAGCAGCGGCUACGAGGCCUUUAACAUUCAGCUGCAGCGCGGGGAGGUAGAUGGGCUGCCCACCAUCACCAAGGUUUCUUUGAAGCUGGAUGGAACCUUCGUGGAGCUGGCCAACGGUAACGUCAGCAUCAAUGGAUUACAGGUCACCAUACCGUUUGGUCAGUUUAACGUCUUCAUUGAGAGGACCGUUUCCUAUGUGAAGAUCACAGCCAAGCUGGGGUUAGUCAUCAUGUGGAAUGAAGAUGAUUCCCUCUGGGUGGAGCUGGACUCAAAGUUCCAGAAUCAGACAUGUGGGCUGUGUGGAGACUUCAACGGAGUCCAGAACGAGUUCAAUAGGAAUGAUGAUUAUCUGAAGAUAAUCGACUAUGCUGAUAUUUGGAAGAUGAAUGGCCCAACAGAGACCUGUACAGAAAUCCCUGUUCACACUGAGCAGUGUGAAGACCAGACCAAACUUUGUGAGCAGCUUCUCACCAGUCUUGCCUUCAGUAGCUGUAAGGACCUGAUUGCCACAGACUCCUUCAUCAAGGCCUGUGCAGAAGACAUGUGUCACUGUGGCAACAGCAGCAGCAGUGUCACCUGCGCCUGUCCCACCAUGUCAGAGUACUCCCGCCAGUGUGCUCACGCAGGGGGGAAACCCCAGGAGUGGAAGACCGACCAGUUCUGCUUGGAGACGUGUCCUUUAAGCAUGCAGUACCAGGAGUGUGGUAGUCCCUGCACUGAUACCUGCUCCAACCCAAAGAGGAACCAGCAUUGUGAGGAACACUGCACCGACGGAUGCUUCUGCCCUGCUGGAACCGUGUUUGAUGACAUCACUCAGACUGGCUGUGUAGCUGUGAACCAGUGCUCUUGUCUCCACAAUGGACAAUCUUACCAGCCUGGACAAUCAUUCUCAAGAACAUGCCACAAAUGUACCUGUAUCCAAGGCCUUACCUGUAUCCAAGGCCAGUGGAGUUGUAUGGAUCUAGAUUGCCCUGCUACCUGCUCCAUAGUGGGAGGUUCCCACAUCACCACCUACGAUGGGAAAGCCUACACCUUCCAUGGAGACUGCUCAUAUGUCCUGUCCAAGCAAACCAACGAGACUGCUUUCACAGUCCUGGGUGACAUAGUGAAAUGUGGGAAGACGGACAUUGAGACCUGCCUAAGAUCUGUAACCCUGGUGACUCCAGAGUCCACGAUGAUCGUCAUCGAGGCCAGUGGAAGGGUCUUUGUCAACAAGAUGUUUUCUCAGAUGCCGCUUUUCAUGGGUCUUUGCGGAGACUUUAACGGUGUCCAAGCUGACGACUUCAGAACCAUCAAUGGACUCGUGGAAGGAACCGCUGUGACGUUCGCCAACACUUGGAAGACCAAAGCAAGCUGUCCUGAUGCGGCACAGAACUUUGAGAUCCCAUGCAGUCUGAGUGUAGAGAACGAGAGAUAUGCCAAGCACUGGUGCUCAAUGCUGUCAGAUAGUGAAGGAAUAUUUUCCCAAUGCCACACUGAGAUCAACCCAAAUUACUACAAGGAAAUCUGCCUAUAUGACAGUUGUAACUGUGAGAGGAGUGAGGAGUGCAUGUGUGCUGCGGUCUCCUCCUAUGUCCAUGCAUGUGCUGCUGCAGGCGUCCUGCUCAGUGGAUGGAGAAACACCACCUGUGGGAAGUACUCCUCCAGCUGCCCUGACACGAUGGUCUAUGACUACACCAUGACCAGCUGUGACCGUACCUGUCGUUCACUGAGCCAGACAGACUUCACCUGCCAGUUAGACCAUGUGUCUGUGGACGGCUGUGGCUGUGCCGAGGGAACCUACCUGAACGACCAGGGAGAGUGUGUCCCUGCCUCACGCUGCUCCUGCUACAAUGGAGGCACAGUAGUACCCCCUGGAGAGGUCACCAGGAUCUAUGGCGCUACUUGUGCAGGGCCCGGAGCCAAGGGCUCAGAGUGCCAGAAGAGCUGUCAAACACUAGACAGUCACUGUGACUACUGCAGCAACAAUCCAAAAGGUACCUUUAGAGUGAUCACAGAGAACAUUCCCUGUGGAACCACCGGCACCACCUGUUCCAAGGCCAUCAAGCUCUUCUUGGGGAGCAAUGAGAUCAUACUAGCAGAUGAAUCUGUAAAAGUGAUCAAACAAGAGAACGGGGUUGACGUACCAUACCAGGUCCACUCUAUCGGUCUCUAUGUUGUUGUUGAGGCUGGAAAUGGCCUGAUCCUCAUGUGGGACAAGAAGAAUAGCCUGUUCAUCAAACUCAGCUCUACCUUCCAGGGCCAAGUGUGUGGUCUGUGUGGUAACUACGACGGUAAUGGAAAGAACGACUUCACGUCCAGAAACCAGGAAGUGGUUGUUGAAGCUCUGGAGUUUGGGAACAGCUGGAAAGUGUCACCCAGUUGCCCCAACGCUGAUGUCAUAAAAAACCCAUGCACUUUAAGAUCAUACAGGCAGUCCUGGUCUCUGAAACGCUGCAGCAUCAUCACCAGUAACGUUUUCUCAGCCUGCCACUCACAGGUGGACCCCACGCCAUUCCAUGAUGCCUGUGUGAGGGACUCGUGUGCCUGUGACACUGGGGGAGACUGCGAGUGUUUCUGUACAGCUGUAGCAGCCUACGCCCAGGCCUGUAACGAGGCAGGGGCUUGUAUCAAGUGGAGAACACCAGAUGUCUGCCCUCUGUUCUGUGAUUUCUACAACCCUAUUGGUGAGUGUGAGUGGCAUUAUAAUCCGUGUGGAUACCCCUGUAUGAAGACCUGCAAGAAUCCCUCAGGAACAUGCUCCAGUCAGAUCCCUGCACUGGAAGCUUGUUAUUGUUUCUACGACGGCAGAACAUACCCAAAGGAAUACAACUACCAUUAUAACAUCAACAACUACCCCAACAACAACAACAACAGAAAGUCCAACACCAACAAUUACCCCAACAACAAUAACACCAAUAGAAAGUCCAACAACAACAGAAAGUCCAACAACAACAACAGAAAGUCCAACAUCAACAACAACAACUAUGUCAACAAAAUAUUCCACAACAAAAACUACUACAUCAAACCCAACCACCACCCCUACCAUUACCCCAACAACAACCCCUACCAUUACCCCAACGACAACCCCUACCAUUACCCCAACGACAACCCCUACCAUUACCCCAACAACAACAGAAAGUCCAACAACAACAACAGAAAGUCCAACAUCAACAACAACAACUAUGUCAACAAAAUAUUCCACAACAAAAAAGCAAAUCUCCAACUUGACAACACAGACAAAAGAAACUACUACAUCAAACCCAACCACCACCCCUACCAUUACCCCAACGACAACCCCUACCAUUACCCCAACAACAACCCCUACCAUUACCCCAACUACAACCCCUACCAUUACCCCAACAACAACCCCUACCAUUACCCCAACGACAACUCCUACCAUUACCCCAACGACAACCCCUACCAUUACCCCAACAACAACAGAAAGUCCAACAACAACAACAACAACUAUAUCAACAAAAUAUACCACAACAAGUGA